AUGGAUUUAUUGGUUAAACACCGUGCAAAUUUGGAUUGUGCUGCUAAGCAGAUGGUAUUAAGGACUAAUGAGGAUGAGGAGGUGGCUAUGGUUGGGGAGCGAAGGGACUUUCUGUCUGGUGUGAUCUCUGCAUUAAGGGUCGAAAAACUAGUUCGUAAGGGUUGUGAAGCGUUUCUAGCUUAUAUUGGUGCAUCUGAUUCUAUGGGUCCUUCUAUUGGAGAUGUCAGAACUGUUAAGGAAUUUUUUGAUGUUUUUCCCGAUGAACUCCCUGGGUUGCCUCCUAGUCACGAGGUUGAAUUUGGAAUUGAGCUCCUGCCAGGAACGGCUCCAGUGUCCGUCGCCCCUUAUAGGAUGGCACCGAAGGAGCUGGACUCGUUAUGGUCAUUACAAGUUGCUAGUAGUGCCGUUUGGGCUGACGAAUGCACCAGCUACCUUCAUGGAUCUAAUGAACUGAAUAUUUCAGUCCUACUUAGAUCGGUUUGUGGUGGUAUUCAUAGACGAUAUCUUGGGUAUUACAGACGUUUUGUUGAGAGCUUUUCCUUAAUUGCUGCACCUCUGAGUAUGUUGUUGCGUAAAAGGGUACUGUUUAACUGGACUGAUGAGCAGCAAGAAAGUUUUGAGACACUGAAGAAAGUUCUGACUGAGGCCCCUAUCUUAAUACAGCAAGAGUUUGGGAAGGAAUUCACUGUCUACAGUGAUGCAUCACAUAAGGAGCUGAAUCUUAGGCAGCAAAGAUGGAUAGAGCUACUUAAGGAUUAUGAUUUCUUGAUUGAAUAUCAUCCUGGUGAGGCUAACGCAAUAGCUGACGCUUUGAGCCGUAGGGCUGUAUUUGAAUUGAGAAUGAUGUUUUCUCGUCUCAGUUUGUUUGAUAAUGGUAGUUUGUUGGCUGAGUUGCAAGUUGAGAAUGGGGAAACUUCAGAUUUUGGGUUGAAUAGUAAAGGAGUACUGUGCUUCCGUGAGAGAGAAGCAUCUGCUAGGCAGAAGUCUUAUGCGGAUCUUAAAUGCCGAGAGAUUGAGUAUUCUGUAGGGGACUAUGUUUUUCUUAAUGUCUCUCCUUGGAAAAAGAUACUGAGGUUUGGCUGGAAGGGUAAGCUUAGCCCUAGGUUCAUUGGGCCUUAUCGUAUACUGAAGCAUGUGGGGCUGGUUGCAUAUCAGCUUGAGUUGCCUCCAAAAUUGGAUCAAUUUCAUGAUGUGUUCCAUGUCUCCAUGCUUAGGCGUUAUCGUUCUGAUCCCUCACAUAUUGUACCGGUCGAGCAGAUUAAGGUUACGUAA